GGAGAGUUCCGGGCUGCGGCCUGACCCUACUCGGUACCGCAGGUCAGACGGCCCAGGGGCGCGCUCCCGGAAGCUGGCCACCUGCGGGUGGCGUGAAAAGCUAUGACUACCGCUGUGGUGCUGUGCGCUGCGCGGGCUCUGCGGUCGCUGAACAGGAUCCCUGGAAUCUGCCGGACACAGGCCAGACACACCCACCAGAGAGCUUCCUUGCUGUCCUUCUGGGAGCUCAUCCCCAUGAGAGCAGAACCUCUACGGAAGAAGAAGAAGGUAGACCCUAGAAAGGAUCAAGCGGCAAAGGAUCGCUUAAAAAGGAGGAUCCGAAAACUGGAAAAAGCUACCCAAGAACUAAUUCCUAUUGAGGAUUUUAUUACCCCUGUGAGGUUCUUGGAUAAGUCAAGACAGCGACCUCAGGAGGAGCAUUCUUUCAAGGAGAGUGAGCAAAGAGCUCUUCUGCUGAAGAGGUGGGCACUAUACAAGCAGCAGGAACAUGAAGCAGAGAGGGAUGCCAUCAGAGCCAUGCUGGAAGCCCAGCAAGAAGCGCUUCAGGAACUGAAGCUUGAGUCUCCAGAGCUCUACUCGGAGGCCAUAAAGCGGGACCCCAGCCUAUUCCCCUUUGAGAAAGAAGGGCCACACCACACGCCACCAAUCUCUAACUACCAGGCCCCUGAAGGAAGGUACAAUGACAUCACCAAGGUAUACACACAAAUAGAAUUCAAAAGAUAGAACUAAAAAUUGCUAUCUUUGGAAGAUGCUGGCCCAAGGAGUCAGAGUGACCGAGCUAAAGUCUA